AGCAGCAGCAGUGAAUUGGUGGCAACUGAGGACAUUUGCAUAACUUGCUGCAAGUUGAACUAACGCAGGCUCCCACAGUCAGAUGUCAACAGCACUUGGGAAUGAUGCAGAUGCAGUGAAAUCAAAGCCCCUUGCGCAAUUUGCACAAACAACGCAUGCGGCAAAUAGCAAUAGAAAUAGAAAUUCAAAUGCAAAUAGAAUUUGUGGCGUUCGCUACAAAAAAUACCCAUAAAAUAACAAAAGCAGCAACAACGGCAACAACGGCAACAACGGCAACAGCGAAUCGAGCAACAGCUGCUGCAAAUAACAAACGUCAGCUGCAGAGCGAAAAAACAAGCCGCAACAACAACAACAACAACAACAACAACAACAACAAUAACGAUAACAACAACAGCAGGAGGGGCAACAACAACAGCAACAAUAACAAAAUGAAGAGCCAUUUAGGCCUGCUCUUUGUCAUUUUGAUAAUGGCCGCCAAAUGCGCCAAUGGAAAUCCACAGAAUCAGCAUCAUGAGUUAAACUCACAGCUGGAUCCCGAUCCGGAGUUUAUUGGCUUCAUCAACAAUGUCACGUAUCCGGCUGGUCGUGAGGCCGUUCUCGCCUGCUCCGUGCGCAAUCUGGGCAAGAAUAAAGUCGGCUGGCUGCGUGCCUCCGAUCAGACGGUCCUGGCCCUGCAAGGACGCGUCGUAACUCACAAUGCACGGAUCAGUGUCAUGCAUCAGGAUAUGCACACCUGGAAGUUAAAGAUCAGCAAGCUGAGGGAGUCCGACCGCGGCUGCUACAUGUGCCAAAUCAACACGAGUCCCAUGAAGAAGCAGGUGGGCUGCAUCGAUGUGCAAGUGCCACCGGACAUUAGUAACGAGGAGUCCUCGGCCGAUCUGGCCGUGCAGGAGGGCGAGGAUGCGACGCUCACGUGCAAGGCCACGGGCAAUCCGCAGCCGCGAGUCAUCUGGCGGCGUGAGGACGGCGAAAUGAUACUAAUACGUAAGCCGGGCAGCCGGGAGCUAAUGAAAGUGGAAACCUACAAUGGGUCCUCGCUGAGGCUGAUUCGCCUGGAGCGCCGUCAAAUGGGCGCUUACCUCUGCAUCGCCUCCAACGAUGUGCCGCCGGCGGUUAGCAAGCGCGUCUCCCUAAGCGUACAGUUUGCGCCCAUGGUGCGUGCCCCCAGCCAGCUGCUGGGCACGCCGCUCGGCUCUGAUGUGCAGCUCGAGUGCCAGGUGGAGGCCUCCCCGUCGCCCGUCUCCUACUGGCUGAAGGGCGCGCGCACUUCGAACGGGUUCGCCAGCAUCUCGACGUCCAGCCUGGAGUCCGGCUCGCCCGGGCCCGAAAUGCUCUUGGAUGGGCCCAAAUAUGGCAUCACGGAAAAGCGCGAUGGCUAUCGCGGCGUCAUGCUGCUGGUGGUGCGUUCCUUCUCUGCCUCCGAUGUGGGCACCUAUCACUGCGUCAGCACAAACUCGCUGGGCCGUGCCGAGGGCACGUUACGGCUAUACGAAAUCAAGCUACAUCCGGGCGCCUCGGCCAGCAACGAUGAGAGCCUCAAUUUCAUUGGCGGUCUGGACGACGAGGCUCGCAAUGUGGCCGCCGUCUUCAAGCAGACGGCGUGGCUGAUGCUGCCCCUGCUGCUGCUGCUGCUGUGCGCUUGGAGUGCGUGAUAUCAAAAUUGAGCGAGAGCCGGCAAUCAAGUAUUCCUACAGGUGUUACCCAGCCCUUGAGCCGAUAUCCCCCAUCCCUCCGCAAAGUGUUUCGCUUACGCUCCCGCUCAAGCCCCGCGACCCCCAUAAUUCCUUAUCAGCGUCUGUGUUGUUUGUUGUU